AUGUCAAGGAAGGCCGUCCGUCGUUCUUAUCCAACGCAGGGCCGGGAAGACUGUGAUAGCAGGGGUCAGCCUUGAAAAUGGAGCCCGGAGACUCGACCCCACAAGUGAUACCGUCCUCACCUUCUAGCGACAACCUCGCGGAGUCUUCUCCUACCGCGAGCGACCCCGUGACGGCAAUCAGCCCUGGCACGGACAGCACUCCGAGCACGAGCAGCGCGUUCCCCAUGAGGAAGAGGCUGCGAAGGAACCCCGCCGUUCUCAUCCGAUGGAUCGAAGAUCAUCCCUUCAACCCGUACCCGACCAAGGCCGAAAAGCAGGGCCUGGCCUUCUACGCAGGCAUGACGCAGCGACAGCUCAACGACUGGUUCGCGAACGCUCGGAGGAACAUAAAGAAGGUCGGCUACGAGAACUGGAAGAAGAAGCACAAUGGAUUCUCGGCGAUCCUCUCUGGGAUCCCUCUGGCAAAUAACUGCGGACUCUCCUUUCUUUCUUCAGCCUCUUCCACCGCAAGCAACAACGGGGGUUCCGGAUCGGCGGCGACACACCACGGGCUCAACAGCUCCUUUACCAACCACCCCUUUACCAACACUGCCUUUACGAUCUCUCCGCUGAAUCGUCCGAGCUUCAGCGCAUCGGCUCCGUGCACCUACCCGUCCACCAACGGACCCAUGUCGCUCGCAGCAGCAGGGAUGGCGACCUACGUCAAGCCUACGCCUCUACAAAGCUCCGCAGCCGCUGCAGCCGGUUUCGUCAAGGUGGAAGGAGGGAGCGCCUACUACGGAGGAUCGAGCUACGGUCUCGCUCACGCAGCUCCAGGAGAGGGGAGCGGGGGCGGAAGCGGUGCGCAUUUAGUCAGCUCCUCAGCCUCGUCCUCUUUCUGCCUGUCCUCUCUCCCGUUCUCGCACGAGAGCUACCAACUCGCGGCAGCCACCGGACACCCGCAAACUGCGACAGGGCCGCUUCUGGCUGCAGUGGACGGCAAUAUACGGUCGUUCUCUACGCCGACCUCCGCUGCGACCGUUCCCUACAUCGCCUGCGACCAAUGCGCACCUAGCAGCUCGUCCGCAGUCCAGCACCAUCCGGCCGUCCUUUACAACUGGGCUAGCCACGCUCAGCCAUUUCCCAUGGGCGCCACGACCAUGCUAAACCACGCCAGCUUCAGUGGCAGCGGGCUGAUGGGCGCGCACACCCCCUCUCCCCCUCCUCCGCCGACACCGUGCGCACCUGUCGCUUCGCCAGAGAACAGUGCGCAGACUCCGGCCAGCGAAAACUCUCUGCAGCAACAGGAACAAGAGAACACCAACUCUCCGCACGAGAGUGGGUACUCCAGCGCCACAUCUCCUGCCCUGACAACUCAUCACAGGUAAACUAUAGGGGAUAGUGUGAUUUUGAUCACAACAUAUGGAACUUCAGAACUAAAGAUCAUAAGCGUGUGGCUAUAUUGUAGCACACUCAUCAUUUGUAUUACUAUGUACUGAUAGUCCAUGUAUAUAUCUGUAUAAAAUAUCAGAUACCGUA